GCGAUUGGAGAUGUGACGAUGGCUCUCUCGUCGAGUAUACUGGGUCUCCUUACUGUAACGGCUGGGUAAACUGUGGCGAUGAAAGUGACGAGUCACUCACAAGAUGCACAUUCGAGCAAAUGAGAGACUUUUGUGGCCAGACAUCGAAUCUGCUUUCUGCUGGAACCUCUGGCUAUCUCGUCUAUGGCUACGACGCGGGCUACCCUGCAGACGCACGGUGCACUGUCCAUCUUCGCACGGAGUCCGACUCUGUCCUUCGCAUCGGCCCAAUGGACCUUACCAGCAUGAGUGGCUGCUCAGAUAAGAUCUACUUCUGUGAGGGCGAACAGUCCUGUGAUGACUACAACUACGACAGACAGUUCUGUGGGGGCAUACAUGACUACUCAACGUUUGUGUCUACUGGUAACGUUUUGACACUGUCGCUCGUGGCGGACGGAAACAAUGUCAACGACGAAAACUUCAAGAUCUUCUACAAAGUGGAACCAGUACCAGGACCCAGUGGAGGCACCAUUGCAGGCAUAGUUGUAGGCGUCCUCCUGUCGUUGGGAGUUGUUGGCACUGGAAUCUACUGUUGCAACAAGAAACGUUCCAGCAACGGACCGCCCCAGACGACAUCCCAGAACAUCGGCAUGCGUCCCACGGGCGUGCAGAACAGCGCCUUUACUCCCGAGCAGCAGCCUGCCUUUAACCCCGAGUUCUCCCCCGCCUACAACCCACAAGGCCUGCCCACCGUUGCCUAUCCUCCCAGUUCUGCUGCAUACCCCCCUGUAUACCCUCCCCCUCCGCCGUACCCUCCUUCUUCGUCUCCACCCUUCUACCCUCCUGCUCCCUCCUCCCCUCCCCCAGACUUUCUUCCUCCUCCAGCUUACGAAGAUGCUCUCAACAUGGCAAAAUCUCCUCCCCCUCCUCCUCCUCCACAACCACUACCACCAGACGCUCCUCCCGAAGGAUUAAGUCCCCAGUCUUCUUCAAUCUCUUCGUGAACUCAUCGUUAUCAUAGCUUAUUAUUAUAUAUUGCUGAUCUUAGCCAAAAAGAGAUAAGAUCUAAUUAAGAUAUAUAAAGGUGAGGAUAUUCACAUAUACCUACUUGUGUGGAAAAACGAAUUAAAUUGAUGUAAUCAAUUUUAUCAACAUUUUCCAAUAAAUUGCUUAGUUAAUUGAAUAAGCAUAAUGAUAAUAUCCUUUCAAAUAUUACCAUAAAGCUUUACAUGUGGUAGUAGUAUACUAUAGUUUUGUAAUACAAUGUCUCAUAAUUGACGUUAACAAAUUUUUAACGUAUAGAGAUUUAUCUCAAUGACCAUGCACAACAAGUGUGCACGAUGUGCUCGUCCGUUGAACAUUAUAUGUAAUGACUAUAGUGUAAUUUCAAGCAAAUGUAAUAUGCUAACUUAUUUUAUGCAUUCUUAUAUUGUGCUUCGCUAAAACUAGGAUGCAUUGACAUUUCAUUCAUAUGUUGCCAUGAUGUCGUACAUUGUAUGUUGUGCAUUGCUGGAAUGAUAAUUGUACAUAUUCGAAAUUUAAGCUUGUCAAUACCAUUCAAUGAAUAUGUAUUGUGCUAUGUGACGGUCCAUGCACAUGUGUGUCAUGUUACAGAAGACAUUUUACUGAAAGUGUACAGAACCUGACAUUCAAAUAAAACUUAUUCUUGUUCA